AUGACAGUCCACCCAGCGCAGCUAAGUCCGCACUUAACUGUAAAACAGACUAUGCCAUUCACCGCUCGUCUCUCCGUUUUCAACCCAUCGGAUGUAUCUGCAUGCACUCAUGUGAAUUUCCGCCCCGACUUCCCGUGGAAAAAUUCCAUUUCCUCAUGGAGUCUAAGGAGCUACGUUGGUUUGGCCUUUCUGGACGAUUCAACAUGGAUGUUAAAUGAGAAGCAUCCCACUAGAUCAAGCAUGAGACCGAUGCCCUUUCUUCCACGAGCUGUUCAUCAUUGUGCCUAUGGGCGCCGAAAAGGCUGCCCAUACAUCCCCGAAGUUGAUAUAUUUCCCGGUGCUACACUUUUUGUUCGGUUUGAAGAGGCCGCCAAUGCACCCGAGCAGUUGCGUCACUUUCUGAAUCACACUAAAGGGGUUCUGCGGAUCCGUAUCUGUACGGUCGACAGUGAAAAACGACAAUGCGCUAUUGAAGCUGAAAUGCGUCGACAGCAAAUUCCAAGAGAUAUGUGGAUCCGUGUAAUCGCAAAACUGCAGGUAGCACACUUUCCCCUUGAACCAGAGUUGCAUCUCAAGCUGGCCAAACUGCAAGCUACAUGGCGGAAUGCUCUGCGGCGAAGAACGAGGCCUGUUGAAGCCUACGUAAAUUUGUAUAAGCAUUAUCGUCUCGAGUUCAAUAAAAACUUGUGUCAUCCGUCGGGGUUUAUCAGAGGGACGGUUGCUACGAUUGACACCGACGUUGCAAGCAGAGCCGUACUGGAGCAAGGUUUGCACUGGUUUCAGCUCCCACAACUGCAUCCUGACGACUUGGAAGUAGUUUGGCGUGCGCAUCAAGCAACCGGGGGAUACACUGGACCAGUCCAUUUCUCAGACUACCUUCAUCUGAUCUUUGGAGAACUCCCUGAAGCUCGUCGACAACUAAUUUCUGAGGUAUUUUUGAAAGUGGAUUCACACCAAUUUGGUUACGUGAAACUGAUAGACCUGAGCCGAUUCUACCAGGAACCACGAUGGGCUUUGAAGGAGUUUGGGGAUCAGCUUGAAUCCAGUCGUAAUGAGACUGUUGGCAUCAAUUUUACUUCGUCGCCCAAUGGUACCCCGUGGAACACUGAAUCGAGAACAGCAAGCGGCCUGGUAGUAGUUGCGUUGAUCAGAUCUUCAUACUUUGUGACAGAGCAACAACCUACGUACAAACAACCCACAUUUUCAGUAUUCCUGAAUUUUCAACGCUUAUUCGACCCGAUCAACUGGUCUGUUCCCCUUGACACGCUUGCUCACCAAGAAACGCAAUGGAAGUUUGUGAACAUUGUAAGCUCUUUGUAUUCUCAGACUUCCGGACGUGUGAGAGUGUACGGAGAGUUCCCCAAAGGCUUCUGUACACAAAACGGUUGCCGUCAGAACUGUCGACCUGGGAUGAGCAGACGACAUUUUUCUCGUUUUCAAAGAGACGAUGGCUCAGGUGUUUUUGGAUGA